AAAAACCCCAAAAUUAGGAAAAACAAAACCCAAAAUCUCACGAAAUAUGCAUUCAUACAGCCAUACGACUAUCAAAGUUUAGCCUGCUAAUUCCUCAACUCUAUCAGCAAAAGGAAAUUUCUAUAAAACAAGAAAUCAGCUGUUUGUUUCUGUUUUCUCUUUCUGGUUGCAUUUUGUGAAAUACCUCGUUGGGAGAUCAGCCUGUUGUUUUAUAGUCUGUGCUGUUUCAACCAGUCAUUUUGUCAACUACUUGGGCACCCGUCGUUUUUGCAGCCCUGCUUAACAUUCACAGCAACAAAAUGAAAGGGUAUCGUGGCCUGGAGUGCUACUAUUCCAGUCCAUCGGUCGAAACUGACCACCGCCUAGCUAGAAAACCAUCACCCAUUUCGUUGUUGAACUCCGACAUAGAAUUUGCUCUUACCUGUUUUGAAUCCAGUCCUUUUGAGGAUUUCUUCUUUAGCAGCAGAAACAAAUGGUUUGCCCAAAUAGAGUCCUCUUUCUUUUCAUUUCCCUCCAAACCCAAGGAAAGCAACCUGGCUAUGGAGACGUGGACAAGGAAACGUAUUUGCAAGCAAAGCUAUGAAGAUUAUUCAUAUGUAGCUGAAGUCCAGCACAAUAAUCAUGACCAUGUCCUGCAGGAUUUGGCAGACAGAGUUGCAGCAAUGGAGAUUGCUUUUAACAAGUUCACCAAAAGCCCAGUUCUAUUGCCAAAUGGAACUGUCAACAAAUCCUUUAAGAAGGAGUGGCAGACAGAAAAUGGUGGCAAGGCCAAGUUUUCCUACAAAUAUGAGGCCAACAGCCCUGCAAAGGGAGAGUUCAAGGCUGUAAAAACCGAAAAAUUCAAGCUUUCAAAGGGUGACAAGCCUAAGGAAUCUCAGAUCCGAGUGAUACCUGUUGAGGAAGAGGAUGCCAACAACAAUACAGAUGCAGAGGCAUCUAGAAGAAUCCAGAGUGUAUUUGCAAGGAAGAGAGCUGCAGCAGCCCAGGAAAAGGGGAAGCAGAAGGAAUUGUCACCAAUGGAUGCAGCUCUGAUCAUACAGGCCCGCUUUCGUGAAUAUCUGGUGCAUCGUUCUCAAACACUUCGUAGUCUCAGGGAUCUUGCUGUGGCCAAGGCAAAGCUGAAGGAGCUCAGAUGCCUAUUCACAAACUAUGCCUAUCGUCGGCAUCUGUGUAGGGAUACCGAGGAAAAACAGAGGUUUUCCGAAAAAAUCAUUGUUCUUUUGCUUACAGUGGAUUCCAUCCAGGGUUCAGAUCAUUUGGUGAGGGAAGCAAGGAGGUCAAUGAUCCAAGAGUUGGAAUCCAUGUUAGACACCAUUGAUCCUCAGUCGAGCAAGGAUUCUAUUUCCAAAAGAAGAUUUGAUUUACCUGAACAGGAACCAGUGCAUAAGGAAAUGGAAAUGGAAGUUGCAGAGGUUGUUGGUUUGUUGGAUGAGAAGAAUGGUGGAAAUCUGUUCCCAUAUGUUACCUUGUGAACUAGGGAACUAUGAUUUCAAUUUUCGGCUCAGGAGCAUUCUAUCAAGAUAGAUCUUGGUGGGGUUGUUGACUUAUAUUACUUUUGUUAAGGCCUUUUUUCAAAGUCUUGAAUGAGAACAGAAACUAAUAGUGACUUUUCAUAAUUGGAUUUUGAUUUCAGUUUAUAGACUUUUGGUACGUAAUUGAUCUCAAAGAUUACACAUUUUAAUGUGUUACAUUAUAAAUUGUCCUA